AUGGCUGAACCAAAAAUGGCCGAUACCAGCACAACAUCCUCGAUAACGUCUACUUCGCACACCAUGACCGCAUGGCCAACAUCCGCCACUCAAGCCAAUUUUUCCAAUCCUCAUAAUACCGCCUAUCCCUCCCCAAUGGCAGACCUACUAGCAGCUCUUGCACCGUCAAAUCGACAUACCUUCAUCGCACCUCCGGCCUCAUUACCUAACACAAGCCUGGAGUUUGCAAAAAGUACGCUAGAUACGUUUGCUGGGAAAUUGGGCGAUGAGCAAGCGCAGAGAUUGAAGGAGCUGAGGAACAAGAGGAAAAGAGGCGAAGUGGGAGAAGAUGUGGGGGAGGUGCUGAAGAUUCGGAAGGUACAUACUGAAGGGUUUGCUGUGCAACAAGUUUGGGAGCAGGCGAGGAGGGUCAUUGAUUCUUUGAGGGGGGAUGCGGAGAGAGGGCUUAGAGAACUUGGCGGGGAAGAGGCUGAUAGUCACGAUGAGGAUGAGGUCCAGGAAGGAGAGGUAGAUGGUGGGGUGGAAUUGAUGAAGUUUGAUGAGGAUGGGUUUGAAGUUGAGUCCGAUGAUGAGGAGUUAGAAGGAGAAGAGGAAGAUGAAAUGGAGGGUUCUGGAAGUGACGACGUUGGUGAUGAUGUGGAUGGUCAUCUUGAGUCCGAAAACGCUGAGAUGGACGAUGAGUUCGACGGUGAAGAUGAUUAUGAUGAGGAGAUGUCAGAAGAUGAUGAGCCCACUGGAGUAUUCGUCGAAGAUCCAAACGGUCUAAAUGACGGCUUUUUCUCCAUCGAUGAGUUCAACAAGCAGACCGAAUUUCUUGAACAACAAGAUGCUACUGCGGAUCCCAAUACCGGCGAAGCAAGUGACGAAGAAGAUAUCGACUGGGAUGCUAAUCCUCUCGGUAUGACAACAAAACCAGUCUCGAGCUCACGGCGAGCUGCUGCGAUGGAUAUCGAUGAUGAUGAAGACGAAGAUGAAGAAUUGGAGGACGACGCUGGCCCCACUUUUGGAAAUAUGGAUCUAAAUGCCGCCGAAGGCGAAAGCGAUGAUGAAGACGAAGAUGCCGACAUGGACGAGGGUAUGGAUACAGCCGGUGAUAAUACGAAUGACGUUACGUACAAAGAUUUCUUCGCACCUCCUCCGCGCAAAGCUGGAAAAGGGGAACGGCAGGCAAAAUAUCUCGAGAGGCAGUCCCAGAAAGCUAAGGCGGCAGAGCCAGAGGAUGAUGGUGCAGAUAUCGAGCGAGCUAUGGCAGACGUCAGACGUGAUCUGUUCGAUGAUUUAUCAGACGAUGCCGGCUCAGAAGCUGCUAUGUCAGAUCUUGAUCCGGCAGACCCAAAGUCACGGCGGUCGGCACACGAGCGUCGGCAAGCAAAACUCGCCGAAGAGAUCCGUCGCCUGGAAGCUGCAUCAGUUGCAAAGCGAGAAUGGACGUUGUCUGGGGAAGCUCGAGCUGCCGAUCGGCCACAGAACUCACUUUUGGAUGAGGAUCUUGAUUUCGAGCGCACGGGAAAGCCCGUGCCAGUUAUCACCGCUGAGGUCUCGGAAAAUAUUGAGGAUCUCAUCAAGAGGAGGAUCUUAGCUCGGGAAUUUGACGAAGUCGUCCGUCGUCGUCCAGACUCAUUGACUCCAGCGAAUACUCGGAGAGGUGCUUUUGAGCUUGAUGAUACCAAACCCCAACAAAGCCUAGCCGAGAUGUAUGAGGAAGAGCAUGUCAAGAAUACCAAUCCCGAUACCUACGUGAGCCAGGCAGAUGAGAAAAUGCUGAAGGAAGAGAAAGAGAUCGAAGCGUUAUGGAAAGAGGCCAGCGCAAAACUUGACGCCCUCAGCAGCUGGCAUUAUAAACCCAAGCCUGCAGCACCAAGUUUGACAGUGGUAGCCGACGUGGCCACUAUCAGCAUGGAAGACGCACAACCCACCACCGCUAGCGGAAUUAACGGUGGCGAGAGCAUGUUGGCGCCUCAGGAGAUCUACAAAGCUGGACAAAAUAAGGAUACUAUCACGCCUGGUGAAGUGGUUCCAAAGAGCGGAGCUCCAGUUGCAAGGCAAGAAAUGACCCGCCAAGAGAAGUUAAGAAGAAGGAGAAGAGAGAAAGAGAGAAUCAAGAAGCGUGGAGAUGACGACCCUAAUAAACGUCCUGAGGGAAAGAAGGCGCAGAAGAAGCGGGAGACCAUUGGGGAGCUUAAGAAAGGUGGUGUUAUGGUCAUUGGAAGGAAAGGGGAGAUCAGAGAUGUUGAGGGGAAUAAAGUCCAGGCUGCGGCAUUGGUAAACGGUGCUGGUGGUUUCAAACUAUAG